GCGGGGCCGCGGGCGGCGGGACGCACCGGGCUGGGGGCUGGGGUGGGACCCGGCGCGCGCCAUGGAGCUGCUGUCCGCACUGAGCCUGGGAGAGCUGGCGCUCAGCUUCUCUCGGGUGCCGCUGUUUCCCGUCUUCGACCUAAGCUACUUCAUAGUCUCCAUCCUCUACCUCAAGUAUGAGCCAGGAGCAGUGGAGCUGUCCCGGCGCCACCCCGUGGCGUCCUGGCUGUGUGCCAUGCUGCACUGCUUCGGCAGUUACAUCCUGGCGGAUCUGCUCCUCGGGGAGCCCCUGAUCGACUACUUCAGCAACAACUCCAGCGUCCUGCUGGCCUCUGCUGUCUGGUACCUGAUUUUCUUCUGCCCCAUGGACCUGUUUUACAAGUGUGUCUGCUUCCUGCCUGUGAAACUCAUCUUUGUGGCCAUGAAGGAGGUGGUGAGAGUCCGCAAGAUCGCUGUGGGCAUCCACCACGCGCAUCACCACUACCACCACGGCUGGUUCGUCAUGAUCGCCACGGGCUGGGUCAAAGGCUCUGGUGUUGCUCUCAUGUCCAACUUUGAGCAGCUGCUCCGAGGGGUCUGGAAGCCAGAGACCAACGAGAUCUUGCACAUGUCCUUCCCCACCAAGGCCAGCCUGUACGGAGCCAUACUCUUCACCCUCCAGCAGACCCGCUGGCUCCCGGUCUCCAAAGCCAGUCUCAUCUUUAUCUUCACCAUGUUCAUGGUGUCCUGUAAGGUGUUCCUGACAGCCACUCACUCCCACAGUUCCCCUUUUGAUGUUCUGGAAGGCUACAUCUGUCCUGUGCUGUUUGGGUCAGCCUUGGGAGGUGACCAUCACCAUGACAACCACGGUGGGGCCCAUGGAGGGUCCCAUGGUGGCAGUGGGCCUGGUUCCCCACAUUCAGCCAUAGCCACCAAGUCCAAGGAGGAGCUGAGUGAGGGCUCCAGGAAGAAGAAGACCAAGAAGGCAGAUUAGAGGGUGGCCCAUGGGCCUGUGGGGUGCCGGGGAGGAGACCCGGACCCAAAACCCUGAGUCAGGGGGAGGGAGGUGUCCUGGGCUCAACUGUCCCCUCUCGAGGCCUCAACUUCCCCAUCUGCAAACUGGGGCCAUUAGCCGAUCCUCCAGGCCUGAUGUGAGGGAUUAGAUGAGAUAUGGGGGUGAAGGGCGUUUGUAGGAAUGGGGGUCCCUUUCCACGGGACCCCUGUAGAGUCACAGAUUUUUUUUGGGGGGUGCACAGAAUCCUGGCAGUGGCUCUAGCCAGAAACACUGGCAGUUACAUUCUUGGUUCUAUUAUUUCCUCUCUAAAGUUGUGUUUUGACUCCAAAUUUCAAGCAGCACUGAGACUCGUUCACUUGACGGAUGGUCCCUAAGAACCUCCUGCAAGGCAGCUGCUGUGAUUUUCAUGGCUUCUUGCCGACUCCUCCCGGGCAUCCCCAGGCGAGGUGCCGCCUUCUCUGAGCCCUGCGUUCCCUGCCUGUGUAACGGGGUCCCCUGGCCCUUCUCCGUGCACAAUGGCUGGUGUGAGGCUGGGCGCGAACUGGCCUCGCAAGCGCAGACGCACCGGGCAGUCAGGAGGAGAGCCCGUAACGGGGGUCCACUGUGCUUGAGAACGGCUUUGCAUUUUAGAUCAUUUGUGUUUGUGGACUGGAAAUGCCCACAAGUUACCUGGCAUGAAGGAGGACUUCAGUAGACACACAUAGGCCAGACUUGAGAGCUUGGAGAGUGGGAAAGGCUUGUUCUGAUCCUUGGCUUUGGGCUACCCCUAAUCCAAAGGCAUGCAGCUGGGCGGGUGGAGGUUCCAAGGUCCAGCUCUGCCAGGACCUCCAAGCACUCGCUGUUGGGCCCUGGAAGCCUCAGGCCUUCCUCAUGCCAGCCUCCUUCGUUGCUGCUCAUUCAGUCACUCAACAAACAUGUUGCUGCCUAUUCUUCUGAGCCUUGUGCUGCUGCUGAGCAGGCUGGGAACUUGCUUCUGGGUGAGCGACGGACAUGGUAGCUGAAGGCCCCUCCCAGCUGCCUUCAUCUCAUCCCAGGUCACCAGGAUGCCUGAGAGGGGUGGGUGGGCUGAGUAUGGCCCGUCUCAGGUGGGGUUUGGGCCCAGACCAGGCCAGCCUGAGGCUGCCCUCUGCACACGAGUGCUCGGAGUGUGCUCAGGGCGUCAGUCUGCAGCUGCCUCGAGACUGGUUUGGGGUUAUUGGGGUCCCAGGUGUUGCCCAGCUGUUGGGAAAGUGCCUUGAUCUGGUGAUACCUGGGAGCUGGGCAGGUCCUGAAGCGGUAAGGCCCUGAAUUCAUCCUCUUGCAUGUCCACCAAGGCUCGGCAUGAAGGUUCAGCAAAUAUAUGUGUUGUGAGAGAAA